CAGGCAGUGGGCGUGGUCGUCAUCCUAUUAUGAUGGCAGACUGAGCGUCUACCUGACAAACAGGUGCAGUCAACUCGGUGAGCGGUUCGAGCUUUGCCCAGCCACAGGAAUUGGUAGUUGUACAACAUGGGAGGACGGUGCAAACUAAAGGAGCUCGAAGAAAGAGGUUAUGAAACAGCCGACAUUGGGGCAGUGCUCUCUCCACAGCCAGACUCACCUGUUCACGGCGAGACUUUCCAGGAUGUGGGCGGUAAACGAAAAGGUGAAAAAUGUUCCAGUUAUGAUGGUGACAAGGUCUACCUUGGGGUCCGUGUCAAAAUGCCAGUAAGGGAUCUACUGAAAAAGAUCCGCAUAGACCAAGGCUGGGAAGAUAAAGACUUACAGGAGAUAUACAGCAAAACAGUCAAAGGAGGCAAGCAACGAGUCAAAACUCGCAGGGGACGCCGAACCGCCAAGAGAAAAGGCUCCACACAGAGCCUGGAGGAGCUGGCAAUUAUCGUGGAGGUGCUAGAGGAGGACCUCAGGACUGGCAGCAUCUGCCACUCCCCGCCACCUCUUAUGUCCUCUCCAACUGGCUAUAACAGUGAUGAUUCUGAUGAGAUGAUCCCCAGCCCCCAGUCCUACAUGAGUUACUCCCCCCUCCCAAUGGACUACCAGCAGACCUUGUCCCCUGAUGGCGUCAUGCACACCAGCCUCCAGCCUUCCAGCAUGGGAAACUUUGGGAGAAGAGGGAAGUGUGUCGACCCCCAGAACCACGACUGGAACCUGAACAACUCCUCUUACUUCCUGGCUCAGCUUAAGAAAGAGGAGAUCCAGCUCAUGGACGUCUCAAACGCCGUACUGCUCGCUCCCGAUGAACACGGCAGGACAGCCUUCCAUAAAGUGGUAUGCGUCGGGAAGAGGGCGCUAGGCUACGCUAUCGCAAAGAGGAUGGCUGCGCUCAACAGCCUGGACCUCAAAGACUCUGAUGGAAUGACCGCCCUGCUCCAUGCAGCAAAGCACAACCAGCACCUGAUGGUGGCAGAUCUGAUCCGUCUCGGGGCCAACGUUAAUGAGACCAACAACCUAGGAAAGACCUGCCUGCACCUCAGUGCUGAGAAAGGCUACAUCAGAGUCCUGGAGGUUCUAAAACAAACAAUGAUGGAUGGUGUGUAUGUCGACGUCGAAGCCACUGAUAGCUACGAAAUGAGCGUCAUCCAGUGCGCUUCUGUGGCUCUGAAGGCCACCGUACGUCAGCUAAAUAGCAGCAUGACCCCGAGUCAAAGCAGACUCCAAAUGCUGCGCCAGGAGCAGAUGAUGGAGACGCUGGAGUGUCUGCUGCAGAUGUGCAGCUACCUUCAUACCAUGGGGAGCCUGAGUUUUCAAUCUCGAAUUGGAUGACUCCCUGGUAGUUCGGCCCGGCAGGGCUUUACGGAGACCCGACAGUAAUGUUCUGAGUUGGUUCAGGCUUAAAUUCAAAUGGAGAGUUUCAUUUCUCUCUAAACUUGAGUUUUGGCCAUUUAGGUAAAGCAUCUGGAGUUUUGUGUGUGGUAAAAAUGCCUGACUUGCAAUCAGGUGUUUUUUGUAACCCGCACAGAAACGUUAGAUACCCAUAAGUUUGGUUUCUGUGAAACUUCCAUUGUUUGUUACAUUAGAGUAACAAGUUGUCCUCAGUUAGUGUGUCCGUGGAGAUUUAAAUGUACAAUUCUAUGAGAAUAUUUUUUAUUAUGAUAAACAAUUGGCUUUUUGGACCGUCUAGGGUCAACUAUUGUUUUAUAAGGCUGAAGAAGUGCCAUAAAACAAUGUUUUAUGUAAUAUUGUAAUAUUAAGGGAGCACUGAACCACAGUUUGUAGUUCAGUGCUGUAUACAGUAUUCCAAAAUGCCUGUGAUUACAUGAACAGGAUUAUUCUCUUGGAAGAACAAGAUAAUUUCUCAUAGAUUUUCCAUGUCAAAUCUUAUAAAGGACGUUUGUACUGAGGACUUUUAAAUAAGUAUUUUAUGGUGAUGGGUAGUAAAUCCACUUUUUAUUUGAGUGUCAUAUGUGUUGUUCCUACUGGGAGUAUGCAGUUUAAUCUCUCUGUGUUCUAUAGAGAAGCAUUAAAAAUGUGUUUAGCCUAGCUAGCUUAGCUCAAAGACAUGACGCAGGGGGAAAUGCAAGGCUAGAAAAGUCAAAAAUGACAAAGUACUUAUCGUAUCAUCUGUAUUCAAUACGGGCAGAAUAAAAUAAAAACAUUGUGGCCUGACAAAUGGUUAUCUUAAGCAUCAGAGCUAACAAACCUUGCAGCAGUGACGCAGCAUUUUUUGAAAUCUUGUCAUUAUAGUUGUCAGCUUUCCCCAAAUAAAACAUAGUUGAUUUAUUACUGUACUGGUAGUUAGCCAGCUAGCUAACAAUACACAACAUGUAAAUAAGGCAAUAGUAAGAGUUUCAUAGAAUGAAUAUCGUUCCUUGACUUAUAGCUGGGUCUGUGGUCUGUACCUUGCAUUCAGUCUUUGCGCUAAGCUAAACAUGUCUGACAAAUGCAUAACCCACCCCUCUGUCCAUCUGAUUGGCCUACCGUUAUGUCCUUACAGAGAUACAUUUUAAAUAUAUAUAUAUUUGGUGUUGGGUCACUGAUGUAGACCAUUCAAAGCUUUUAAAUAAACUAGUAUUAGCAUAUUAUAACUUUUUACAGUUUUUUUAGGUGUAAUAAAUUGAUCCUCAGAUUCGUUUAAGACAUAUGAGUUUAGUUUGUUAUUAUUUUAAUAAAUCAUAAAUGUUCAUUUCUGGGUUAAACUUAACCCAGAAAUGAAAGCAAAAUUCCCUGUGUAGACUCUAUAAGAGGUUCUGUGAUGACCUGAUCUUAGUCUUCUAUACUCUUUUUUUACUGUUAAAAAGAUGGGAGUAUUUUGCCAUGCUAGAUGUACUGUAGUAGACCACAGCUUGUAUGACAUGUAUUGGUUUGGAACGAAACUUUAGUCGUGAACUUAUUUAACCUUGAAUUAAAUGUCUGGGUGUUUUUCUAUGACAGUUUCAUACAUAUUCAUUUAUAUGGUUAUAAUGUGAGGGGUUAUAUAUUAUAAGGAAUUAAUAGUUCUCUGAAAGUGCAAUUUUUCAGUUAUGCUCAUUAUUUUACCUUUGUAUUUAUCCACCAAGUGAACAAUGUUUUUUCUCUUUUCAAAGUUGAAAUUGUAUGAAAAGUUUUGUUUAACUGAAAACUUGAGUCAUGUGAUUCUGGUUUAUAACCAAUUAUAUCUUGUAUUUGUAUUACUUUAUAAGUCAUGUGAUUGGUGGUGGGCAUGAUGCAUGCUGUUUUAACAACAUGUGAGUUUUCAUCAUUAAAAAACUCUAUAAACUUUUGGUUUAUUGAA